AACACAUGCAACAGGUGGCAAGGCUGCCAGUCUGGCCGCUUUCCAGCACUGAAUUGUCUUCUCUCCUCCUACCCCGUUCAUCCAUCUUUCAGCUGUGUUUGUUCGUUUGAUUUGACUCAAACACGUUGUUUAUAAGAAUUAUAACAUAGACCGGCAAGCAUGGCCACCGAAGAGGCCACCCCCAAGAUCCAGCUCGGCGACUACAUUGUCAUCCAGCGCCAAAAGUACACGAAACUGCAGAAAUUCGGCAGUUUGGACACAACAUCCACUCUGGGCAAGGAGACACUUGAGUUGAAGUCUCUUUUGGACCAUCCCUACGGGUCCACAUUCAAGAUGUGCGUUAAGGAGACAAAACCAGGUAAAAGGGGAGCUCAGAGGCAGCACACUCUUGAGCUGUGCAGCGAGACGGAACUGAGAAGCACGCGGGAAGUGUUGGGAAUCUCGAGCAGUGGGGCGGAUAACCGGGACAUCUGCGACGACGGCGAAGCGCAGACCCUAAAACCAGAGGACAUCGCACAACUACGCGAGGAGUGCAACGACUCUAGUAAGAUAAUUGAGAAGCUCGUGGAGAACUCCAAGACCUUCCACAACCGUACCGAAUAUUCACAGGAAAAAUACCUGCUAAAAAAGGAGAAGAAGUACUUUGAGUUCGUUCAGAUCCGACAGCCGACGAUCCGGCUAAUGCUCGACAUCUUCUACCGCCAGGACUCGGAAAAGGUAAUGGGCAUUCGAGUGGAUACUCUUUCACAAAUCAUCUCCUACUCGGGCGUGUGCGGUUUCGGCAGCUAUCUGCUCUACGAGAGUGGCACUAAUGGUCUUUUGCCAGCGGCCAUGCUUAAUUCAAUAGGAGCUGGAACUGAAGGCACCCUUGUGCAUAUGCAUCCGGGGAAUGUGCCCCAGAAGCAGGCUCUUCUGGCGCUUAAACUGCCCCUGGAACAGCAACAGCGAUGUGUGUCUGUUAAUCUUUACUCAGUUUUAAGGGAGUUUUACCAGGGAGAAGAGUCCAAGAUCUCGGAUAUUCCCCCCGUGGAGCUAAGUGAAGAAACCCAACCGGAGACGCCGACGGAAGAACAGACGGAUACGAUAGAACCGAAAACGAAGAAGCCGAAACUGGAGGAUACCAAAAAUGGUAGGGAAGGAACCAAAGGACCUCCACGUUGGCAUUUGGAGAACAAGCGGGCUACAGCCCUAAUGCAUGCCCAAUUUGACAGUCUGGUGCUGGCCGCCAAGGAGCAUCCGUCUAGCAUCUUACAAGCUUUGCUGCCCCAUGUCAAGCCAUCUCGACCAGUGGUGGUUUUUAGCACCUGUAAGGAACUGCUGCAAGAGACCUUCAUGGAGUUGAAGACCUCCGGCAAGGUGACGGGUCUACACCUGACCUCAAACUGGCUGCGAACGUACCAAAUCCUUCCCAAUCGUACCCAUCCAGAAGUAAACAUGAGCGGAAAUAGUGGGUACCUUUUAACGGGCUAUACGCUAAGAUAGUUUUGCGACUUCUAAAUAUAUAUAAGCCUUUGUUUUGAUAA